UCUUUCAGAAAGCAGCUAUGUACACAAAUCCUUCAAAUCACACCACCUUCAUCUUUUUCAUUAUAACUGGAAUUUCAGACAUUGAAGAGUUUCAGAAUCUGAUCUUCAUUCUCGUUUUGUUUAUUUAUCUCCUCACCCUUGGUGGUAACAUGACCAUUUUGCUUUUGGUCUGCUUUGAUCGUCAUCUCCAUACUCCAAUGUACUUUUUCUUAGCCAACUUGUCUAUUUCAGACAUGUCUUCCUCCACCAUAACAUUGCAUAAGAGUCUUGUUAUCCAUAUUACAGGAAACAAAAUAAUUUCUUAUUCUAGUUGCUUGGCUCAAAUGUAUAUGUUUGCAUCACUAACAGGACAUGAACUUUUUAUACUGACAGCUAUGAGCUAUGAUCGUUAUGUGGCCAUCUGCAACCCAUUGCGUUAUCACACUAUCAUGAGCAAUAACACGUGUGUUCUGCUGGCCAUGUGCUGUUGGGUGUUGGGUUUUGUAGUGGUCAUUCCACCAACUGUCACUGUAUCAGGAUUUAUAUGCUAUACCUCCAACAAAAUCAAUCAUUUCUUUUGUGAGAUGGCGUCACUUACAAUGCUAACUUGCAGUGACACUUCCGUUCUGGAACUUCUGAACCUUACGGAAGGGCUAAUUGUGGCAACACUCCUACCUUUCCUCCUGACUUUUAUUCCCUACAUAUUCAUUAUAUCUACCAUAUUAAGAAUUUCAUCCAGUACUGGUAGGCGUAAAGCCUUUUAUACAUGUUCCUCCCAUCUCACUGUCGUUGUACUUCUCUAUGUGAUUCUAACUUGUCAGUAUAUCGUACCAACUUCUACAGACUCAAAAAAGUUUUUCUCGCUCUUUAACACAGCUGCUGUCCCAAUGCUAAAUCCAUUGAUCUACAGUUUAAAGAAUAAAGAUGUGAUGUCAGCUCUUCGAAGAUGUCUCAGAUGGUGUAGGGUCAAGUAUGGAAAAACACAUGGGCUAGAAAGAAAUAUUUAACUUUCAUGACAUACGUUUGCCAAAAUGGCAAACGUAUGUCAUGAAAGCUAAAUAAAUAAAUAAAUGUUUUCAAGUACAAAAGACAUUCAGCCUCACUAAGCAAAUUAAACUACAUAGGAGUACCUGUGUAGCGCAUAGACAAAACAGAUUAAAGUUUUUGUUGUCUAACUGCUUUUUUCUAUUAAAUAAAAGAUUUAAUCUCAUUGGUAUCUUGUGGUCAAAACAAACAUAUUUUAUGUAGCACAAACUGUUUAGCAAGGUUUUUUGUAAAACAAGUAAUGCCGCGUACACACGAUCAGUCCAUCCAAUGAGAACAGACCGACGG